AUGGGCUACUACAAAUACUUGGACAACUGUUCCAGUGUCAUCACUCCACUAUUAGAGAGAUAUUACCUGUCGCCUCUGUAUGCUAUGGAAUUUACAUUUGGCUUCAUCGGAAACCUAGUGGUGAUCCUAGGCUAUAUCUUUUGCCUCCCUGCUUGGAAGUCCACAAAUGUGUACCUGUUUAACCUGUCUGUGUCUGACCUCAUCUUCCUGUGCACUUUACCUGAGCUGUCCUAUAACUACGCUUACAACCAGACGAAAUUCAAUACUUCACUAUGCGUGGUUAAUCGCUACAUUCUCCAUGUGAACAUGUACUCCAGCAUCCUUUUCAUGAUGUGGGUAAGUGUGGACCGGUUCUUGCUGCUGUGUCAUCCACAGCGAGAACACAUCCUGUUGACACUCAAGGCCUCGUUGUGCAUCACCAUACUGAACUGGAUCUGGGUAAAUGCUCAAAUUGCUCCUCUCAUCGUCUUCAUUAUUCAGGACUUGGAGGACAAUGGCUGGACAGUGUGUCGUGACUUUUCAAGACUGGGAGUGGCCAAUGUUACUCUGAUUUACAGCAUAGUGCUCACCAUAACUGGAUAUGUGCUGCCACUGCUGGCUUUGUUUCUAUCAUCACAAAGGAUGGUUUCUGUACUCAUGAAAAGAGAGGAGGUGCUUGGGACAUCCUUUCAAAGGCCAGUAAGACUCUUGAGGGCUGCGGCAAUCAUGUUUCUGGUGCUCUACACACCCAUCCAUAUAAUGAGGAAUGUGCGUAUUGCAUCUCGACUUCCUGAAUUAAAUUUGUCACUGUGUAUCAAGGACUACAUCAAUGCAGUUUACAUAGUGACACGACCAAUUGCAUUUGCUAAUAGUGCCAUCAACCCCAUUUUUUACUUCCUCAUGACAGACAAAUUUAAAGAAGCCAUGCAAGACAAGUGGAGACAGCUGAAAAGGAUGCUAAUGACUGCAUCAUAAGCAAGUCUGACUUAUCAAGCAAAGGCAGCACUUAUAACAAUUGUCUUGCUUUCAAAUCUGACUGUGGUGUACAUUUAUAUACAGAUGACUGAAAAAUUAAAGCGAAAGCCAACAUAAAGUGUCUCAGUAAAGUGCAGAGAGCGUCUUCAGUAUACCUUGGUAUAGAUUUUACAAGUCUCUAGAACUGUACUGGAGAGAUACUGUAAACUCCAUUCUUCCGAAAUAUAUUUGCUUAGUUUUCUUUUGAUGAUGGUGGUAGCAAGCACUGUCUAGCAUAUUACUCCAAAAUCUCUUGUAGGUGUCCAGUUGAGUUGAGAUCUGAUGACAGUGAUGGCCUUAACAUAUGACUUAUAUUUUUAUACUUAUUAUCAUGGAAGAGAUCCUGAAAGAGACCAUUCCCAUCCGAAGAGAAAUUUGUAAUCAUGUGAUAAAGUUGA